AUUGUCCAAUAUGAAUCGAUUAAUUUUUUGUGAAGACAUUAUUUUUCUAAGUAAUGGCAACACAAUAAAUAAAUGAUAUAUAAUAAAAAAAAAUAAACAUGACAUUUGCUUUUUUAUAGGUGCAACAGCUGAGAAUUAUAAAUAAUGUUUUGUUUUGAUUCACUUCUUUCCAGAACUGUUGAAAUUGGUUCUUAAAACAAAAUAUUCCUCAGUUACAUAUAUAAAAAUUAACAAAAAAAUAUACAAAUGACUGUUUGAUUUCACUGAAAUUGUGAUUGUUGUCGCUGUAGUUAUAUUUUUUGGAGUCAUGUAUAGUUUUGAAGGAGAAUUUCGAAGACGUCCCCAGCAAUCUUUAGGAGGCGCUAGCCGAAAGGUAGCUCGCGAAGAGCUACUGCACCUAGCGCAAGCUGAAAGAUCACAAAGAGAAGAAAAGCGUAGGCUUAUACAAUCAGCCACGAUAAUUCAAGCGUUUGUGCGUGGAUCAUUGUCCAGGCAACUAGUGAAACGGAAACUCAGAAAUGAAUUUGAUGAAAUAUCAAAACACGCAGAUCAAAACAUACUGUUGAACUCAGAUUUACUGCAUGAUCAAGUGGGAAAACUAUUGCAUUUCUAUGAUGAACUUCAGGAUAGUUCUCGUCUUGUAGCUAUCAACCAAACAUUUCUAAAGGAUGCUUCUAAUUUUGCUUGUGUAUUUUUUAUUCAACCAGAACGUUGGCUUUUUAAAUUACAAAAACUCUUAUGGUUAAAUGUAAAGUAUUUAAAAAACUGUGUCAAACCAAAUUCAAAUAUAUCUUUAUCCUUACGAUUUAUUGAAGUUUUCACUUCUUCUGAAUUGUAUGAUAAUAUUAAUCAGAAUUGCAUGACAGCUAGUGGUUUUAAUUCACUAUCACCUGACUUUAAAUCCCAUAUUUUAGGAAAAAUCUGGGAUUUCCUGAUAAGGAAAGGCUAUUAUGCUUUAUUACGGUUAGUUUUGGAUAACAAUGUUCCAGAUUCAUUAUUGAUAUCUGCAAGACCACCUACUCCUCUUGCAAGUUCCUUAUUAGACCUUUUCACUAGACCCCUGAUCUUAAAAACUGAGAAGAAAUCUUAUUUCUUUCAAACACUACUUCAAGACAUCUUCACUCAAGAUCCAUCUCCACAGAUAACAUGUUUUUUACUUCCAGCAUUUGCUUGUAAACAUGAUGUAAUUACCAUUGAUACCAUACUGACUGCAAUAUACCCAGACAAUCUUGCUUUCAAUUUUCGCGCAACACCUAGUUUGCUUUAUACGUUUGUUUAUCUUAUAUCGAAGCAAGCGAGACUGUUAACAGAGUUGCAAUGUGCGGAAUACUUAACUUGUGUUCAGUUUUUGCUGCAAUCUAUCUCACAAUGGAGAGAAAAUGUAACAAUUAGUGAUUGCAGUUCUGAAGAUGGUGAAAUGUAUGCUGAAAAUGAUGCUCCCAGUUUUAAACUCUUAACUGAAAUCAUUAGUAUGAUCAAUGAAAUUGACCAUGUCAAUAUGAUAAUGUCAAUAUUACAAAAUGAAAAAACAUUUAAUCAAUGUGUUGUUUCUAUUUGUAGCUUAUGCCAAUUAUUAUUAAGUCAGGAACAAUUGGCAAUACAUAACUAUCGCCUACUUUACACUCUAGCUUUUAAACCCUCAUUCUUUAGAAUGUUAUGGAGAUCUGUAGUUAGUGCUAGUGUACCAUCUGUCUUUGGUUCUACUACACCACUGUUACAAAUUAUUAAUCAAGGAAUGACUUUUAGCUCUGAUGAUCAAGAAAUGUUCCUUCCACAACUCAUUGUGUUUUGUUCUCUUCUGAAUCAUCUUCUCUCGACCUUGCAUGACUUUGAGUUUUACGAUCAAAGUAGAGAUAAUAGUGGAGUUAAAAUGAUGCCUUUUAAUUUAGUCGAACUUGCUUCUAUCAGCGCCACCUUGAAAGAUGUUUGUAUGGGUCUCAUUGAGUUGGCUUAUCCUGAUAAAAAAGCACCUUUUACUAAUGAUUAUGUGAAUGCCAUGAGAAGUGUUGGAUCAAAAAGAAUGGACAAAAGUUCGGACAAUUUUGAGAUCUAUCGCUGGAACCAAUUAUUUAAAGCUGUUGUAACCUUGUUGCGCCAGCUGUAUUCCAGAGACUGUCGAAGAAAAUUUUGUCCCGAUGGAACCUGGAUUGCUAAACAAUUUCCAGUUUUCAUGGACAGAGCUGCAGAAAUGUAUUUUACCAAAAGAAGAGGGCCAAGUUAUGAGCCAUUUGUAGGAUUACAAAAUUUAACUCGAGAACAACUGGAAGAAGAGGGACCACCCCCAUCCGCUGUCGAGGCUCGGCAGCUUGCGAUUCUUAGAGAAUUUCCUUUUGCUAUUAGAUUUCAUGAUCGUUUUAAAAUAUUUCAAUCCCUGAUCGUGAAAGAUAAGCAUGAUAAUCAAGGAGAACUGUUAAAUUUUCAAAUGGGUCCACUUAUUAGAGUUACUAUACGUCGUAAUUUUAUAUAUGAGGAUGCCUCUAGUGCACUGUCUCUUCAAAGUGAACCUAAUAUCAAAAUGAGAAUUCUGGUUCAAUUAGUAAAUGCAGUUGGUUUAGAUGAAGUAGGCAUUGAUGGUGGUGGCUUGUUUCGUGAAUUUAUGCAUGAACUUCUAAAAACUUGUUUUGACCCAAAUAGAGGUUUUUUUAAAACUACUCAUGAUGGUCUACUGUAUCCAAAUCCAAAUGUGCAACGUGUCAUGCCUGAUUUUGCAAGACAUUAUUUCUUCAUCGGUAGAAUGCUGGGAAAGGCAAUUUAUGAAAAUAUGUUGGUGGAGCUACCUCUUGCAGCCUUCUUCCUUACAAAGAUUUUAUCCCGGCAUACUUCAGAUGUCGACAUUCAUCACCUGGCAUCAUUAGAUCCCGUAAUGUAUCGGAAUUUAUUGUACUUGAAAACUUACGAUGGUGAUGUAUCAGAUUUAGGUUUAGAUUUUACUGUCAUGAAUAGUGAAUUUGGUGAAAAUGAAGUAGUUGAGCUGAAACCUGGUGGUGCUAAUAUUCCCGUAACCGAAAGUAAUCGUAUUAACUACAUUCAUUUAAUGGCAGAUUUCAAGUUGAAUCGUCAGAUCAAGGCUCAAUGCCAAGCAUUUAAAGAAGGAUUGGCUAAUGUAAUUGAUAUUGAAUGGCUUUACAUGUUCGACCCCAAUGAGCUACAAAUCUUGAUUUCGGGGGCACAAACACCAAUCGAUAUUGAAGACCUAAAAAACCAUACUACUUAUGCAGGUGGUUAUUCUGAUACUCAUCCUGUCAUCUGUGCCUUCUGGAAGGUUGUAGAAGGUUUUGAUGAACGCCAAAAAAGGCAGCUAUUAAAAUUUGUCACCAGUUGCUCACAUGCCCCUCUUUUAGGAUUUAAGGAACUUUCACCUCCAUUCUGUAUUCAAAAUGCUGGUAGAGAGGAUAGACUGCCCACAGCAUCUACUUGUAUGAACCUUUUAAAGUUACCUGAGUUUGAGACUGAAGAACUGCUUAAAAUAAAAUUGGUGUAUGCAAUAGAAUCUGGAGCAGGAUUUGAAUUAAGUUGAUUUAUGUUUUUAAAUAAAAUUUUCGGUGAUAUUUUGUAUUUCCCCCCUUUUUUGUGUAAUAUAGGCAUAAAAUUUAAUAAUAUAUUUCUUAUAAUUUCUCCUAAUCAUACAAGAUUGUAUUUUGUUCCUGACAUAUUUACUUUGAUAUACCAAAUUGUGUAAUGUACAUACAUAGUUUUUUGUUUAAAUUUUAUUAUUAUAAAAUUUAAGAUUUUUGCAAGCUUGUAUUUUGAGUAUAUGUCAUGAAAUGACUGUUAAAUUAUAAAUAAGGCUGUCACAAGACUAGUUUGUUAGAAUAUGGUUUAGUAAUAAGAAAUGGUCAAUGCUUAACUACAAUAAAUUUUUUUGAAGAAAACAUUUUUAAAGUUGUAAAAAAAUCUUGGAUUGUUAAUUUUACAAUAAAAUUUUUUUUUAUCAAGUUGUAUUUUUGGAUACGAAAAAUUAUUUCACAUCCUCGUGAGAUACUUGUUUUUAAACACUAAUGUUCUAAGUUUAUACUAAUGUUUGUAACACUAAUGUUACAAACAUUAUGUUACACUAAUGUUCUAAGAUUAAGUUAAUAAAUUUAUGUUAUGUAUAUUAUAUCUGAAAAACUUUGCAAUAAAAAGGUAUUUAAGUUU